AGAACGAUUAAUUAUUGAACCGUCGUCAGCCAGCUGCGAGUCAUUUUUUUGUGUGCACGGAAAAAAAUGCGUAAAACGUAAACAAAGUAUUUGAAAACAAAGAAAAACACGUCAGUACAUAAAUACUUAAGCUAAAAAGUAUUUUUCGGCCAGGCCAAUGAGUUAUGAGAUAUAUGUGAACACCCUGAACUCAACCCUACAGGCUUUCGCCCAACAAGUUGAGCACUUCUCUGGCGUCGCUCUACAAGCUGUUGUCCAAUUUUACAGCGAAUUGAUCAACUUCGCUGCCGACUGGCAUUGGCAGUGGCAAAGUCCCGUUGAGUUUACAGCAUUACAGGCAACGUUGCUGAAGGUGUUGUUGAUACUAUUACUGGGGACAGGUGUGCUAAUUGCGUGGGCGUGGGGCGUUUACGGUCGUGUGAUCACUGAAAAGUUUGUCAGGCCGAGCACUUUAAAGGAAAUUGAAGAGCUCAAAUUAUCUGUAGCCAAAUUGAAGUUGCCGAAGGAGCAUUCACCCAGAAUUUAAGAUCAUGUCUAAAAUCAAGCGUUUCUUUUCCAAAAAGAAGGAGGAGGCGGCCUUUAAGGUAAACCUUAAAUACACACUCACAUCGUAUACUAAAAUCUCUAAAAUCACUUUGCAGAUGCGAUUGGGCGGCGGCAUGGGUCAGGGUC